AUGGCAUCAAGACAUGCAUUUGUUACUCCCUUAACCCUGCCUGCUUUAACAUCCUCUGUAUGGAUCAAUCCAUCAAAAUUGUCCAACAAUUACACCAAUUCGUUGAGCCAACGGGACCCAUACCAAGCCCCACCUUAUAAUGGUACGCGUGAUUCUGGAGGAAACUUCCCAACCAAGUAUGCGGAUGUUCAGGCCCCAAAACGAAACAGGUCCCCACCUUUGCCAUCUACUGGUGAAGCUUCCCAGGAAUAUUCUCUUUUUGCCCGAAAUGACUUGGAGAGGCCUGCUUUAACUUCCUCUGUAUGGAUCAAUCCAUCAAAAUUGUCCAACAAUUACACCAAUUCGUUGGCCCAACGGGACCUAUACCAGGCCCCACCAUAUAUUGGUACUCGUGAUUCUGGAGGAAACCUCCCAACCCAGUAUGCAGAUGUUCAGGUCCCAAAACGAAACAGGUCCCCACCUUUGACAUCUACUGGUGAAGCUUCCCAGGAAAAUUCUCUUUUUGCCCGAAAUGACUUGGAAAGGCCUUUUAUAUCUCCUCCCGGGUUGAGUACAAGGCCAAAUGGUAUACUUAAUGGUCAUGAUCCUCAGAGUCAUCAGUGGUCCUCACCAUCAGCACAUGCCACUAAUGCAGAAGCUGCUUUGUCUAAGCUCUCCAGUUCCCCAGGUCCCAAAAGAACUAGGUUACCUUCUUUACCUUCAACCAAUCAAGUCCUUCAGGAAAACUCAUACACUGAGCAAGAUCAAGAUGAUAUUGAACGAGAAUUGCAAGCCAAAGCAAAGCGAUUGGCCCGCUUCAAAAAUGAACUAAACCAACCUGUCCAAAGCAGUUCUAAUAUCGAACAGCAAAAACUUCCCAUGAAGAGGCAACAGGCAAUAAUGGAGACACAAAACUUUAUGGGGGAACGUUCUACAGAUCUGGCAGGUGAUUUGUCCAGCAGCAAUUUUUCAUGUGAUCAUGAAGGCCUGGAGUCAUCCAGUGUUAUAAUUGGACUCUGUCCAGAUAUGUGUCCGGGCCUGGAGUCGUCCAGUGUUAUAAUUGGACUCUGUCCAGAUAUGUGUCCGGAGUCAGAAAGAGCAGAAAGAGAGAGAAAAGGUGAUCUUGAUCAGUAUGAACGCGUGGAUGGGGAUAGAAACCAAACCAGCAGAUUUCUUGCUGUUAAGAAGUACACUAGGACAGCGGAGAGGGAGGCGGAAUUGAUACGACCCAUGCUGAUCCUUCAGAGCACAAUUGAUUAUCUUCUAAAUUUGCUGGAUCAGCCUUAUGAUGACAGGUUUCUUGGCUUGUAUAACUUCUUGUGGGAUAGGAUGAGGGCAAUCCGGAUGGAUCUAAGGAUGCAACAUAUUUUCAACACAGGGGCUGUCACUAUGCUGGAGCAAAUGAUAAGACUUCACAUAAUUGCCAUGCAUGAGUUAUGUGAAUACACAAGAGGCGAAGGAUUUUCGGAGGGAUUUGAUGCACACCUCAACAUUGAGCAGAUGAACAAAACGUCAGUCGAGUUGUUCCAACUAUAUGAUGAUCACAGGAAGAAAGGAAUAGAUGUGCCAACGGAAAAAGAAUUUCGAGGUUAUUAUGCACUUCUCAAGCUGGACAAACAUCCAGGGUACAAAGUUGAACCUGCAGAGCUCUCACUUGGACUUGCCAAGAUGACACCAGAGAUACGACAAACCUCAGAAGUGUUAUUUGCCCGUGAUGUAGCAAGAGCCUGCAGAACCGGUAAUUUUAUUGCCUUUUUUCGGCUUGCGAGGAAAGCUAGCUUCCUUCAAGCUUGCUUGAUGCAUGCGCACUUUGCAAAGUUGCGCACUCAGGCACUUGCUUCUCUACACUGCGGCCUACAGAAUAAUCAAGGCAUUCCUUUGCGCACUCAGGCACUUGCUUCUCUACACUGCGGCCUACAGAAUAAUCAAGGCAUUCCUGUUUCCCUCAUCUCCAAAUGGCUUGGGAUGGAGGAAGAAGACAUAGAAAACCUUUUGGAGUAUCAUGGAUUUUCGAUAAAGGAAUUUGAAGAACCAUAUAUGGUGAAGGAAGGACCAUUUCUCAAUGUUGACAAUGACUAUGCUGUGAAGUGUUCAAAACUCGUUCAUCUGAAAAAGUCAAGAAGGAUAAAUGAGGAUGUUUCUUUUCCUUGCAUAGCAAAAUCAUUGUCUUCUGACGAAGUAAAGGAUAUCCAGUUGGAUAAGGUUUACGAGUAUGAACCUGAUGAAUUUGAAGAGACGCAAAGUGGAGCCCAGGCCGUUGAUGAGGAAAUGCUUGAUUAUAAAACUGUCUCAUCACCGAAGGAUGAUUUGCAAUUGAAGCCAAUGUGGAAAACAGUAGGAGUUAAUCAAUGGAAUGAAGAUAACCGUCAGGUGCCUGCUGCAAGUCCUUUGCCAUGGAGUUUCUCUGUAGCUCAUAGUUCCCCUAAAUCUCAAGAAGCUAGAGUCAAAAGUGCAGGGAGACCAAAUUAUGAUUCCCUUUUCAGAAACUCUGUUGAGAAAAACAUAAACUCUGACAUAAAAGCAAAGGAAAUGCAAGUUAUGCCAAGAAUAUUGGACCAGGAGAGAGUAUCAAUUUCACAAGUUGAUUCUGCUGUGGAAACUUCAGUACCCCAGUUUGUCGCUAUUAAAGACUUGGAAGAUGAAGACCGUAGGGAUACCCAUCAAGAAGUUGAAGCCCAUGAAGUGUCGACAAGUGAUUAUGAUGAAGAAGUUGCUGAAGCCAAACUCAAACUACUCUCAAGGAUAUGGAGGCGGCGUUCUUCUAAGAAAAGGGAGUUACGUGAGCAAAGGCAGUUAGCAGCAAGUGCUGCAUUAAGUUCGUUAUCACUAGGCCCUCCACUUUGGCACUACAAAGAUCAACCAAGCACUUUUGGUGAGUUGAACAUUGAUCGUGUUCUGAACUAUAGAUAUGAAAAACACGAGCAAUCAUGGUCAAGGCUGAAUGUUUCAGAAGUGAUAGCGGCUAAACUUGGUGAAAGAAACCCAGAUGCCAAAUGCCUUUGCUGGAAACUUAUUUUGUGUUCUCAGGGCAGCUCAAAUGGAGACAAACUAGAGCAGAGGAGCCUAGUUGGCCAUGUAGCUUCAGGCCCAUGGUUGCUUUCUAAGCUUAUGCCUUCCAGUAAAGAUGAUAGUGCUGCUGAUGAAUUGGUAAUUUCAUCCCCUAGCCUGUCAGUAUGGAAGAAAUGGAUUCCCAGCCGAUCUGGUGGUGAUCAGACCUGUUGCUUGUCAGUCAUCAAGGAUACCAAAUUUGAUAAUCUGCAUGAGACAGUAGCAGGGGGGAGUGCAGUUUUGUUCCUCGUGUCUGAAUACAUCCCGUGGGGGACCCAAAAGAUUCGGCUCCAUAACCUUCUGGUGUCUUUGCCUUCUGGUUCCGGCAUUCCCCUUUUAAUAUUAAGUGGCUCAUGCGUAGAGAACUUACAUCCUUCCACUAUAGUCAAAGAACUCGGGCUACAUGACAUUGACAAAUCACGGGUGAAUGCCUUUUUGAUUCUGUCUCUUGUUAAAAGCCCACAAAAAGAGCACUUACGUGGGUUUUUCAGUGACGAGCAAUUGAGAGAGGGAUUACAAUGGCUGGCAAAUGAGUCACCCUUACAACCUGCUCUGUGUAGUGUAAAAACGCGUGAUCUAGUUCUAUCGCACUUGAAUUCUUCGCUGGAUGUGCUUGAUGAGAUAAAUGCAUAUAGUAUAAGUCCAGAAUACUGUGUCUCAGCUUUCAAUGAUGCCUUGGAUCGAUCCAUGAGGGAAAUUGCUGAUUCAGCUAAUUCAAAUCCCAGCUGUUGGCCUUGUCCUGAGAUUGCUUUGCUGGAGGGGCAUAGUGAUGAGCAUAGGGUUGUAGUGUGGUACUUGCCUAGCAUAGGUUGGAGCUCAGAUGCAAGAAUUGGACAACUUAUAAGUGCCUUAAGUGAAUGUAAACUNCAGUGUAUUAUUUCGGUCACCUAA